ACUAAACUUCCUACUUCACACUUCCUCUAUUAUCUCUAAAAAGCUAAACACUCAGUUCAAAAUCAUACUCUCUUUUUCAACUUUCCCCGAGAUUUUCACAAGAAAAUCGACCUGAAAAUAGCUACAGAAUCCUAGUUUCCUCAGAACUUUUACUCCAUAUAGCAAGUGAUUGAUUCUGUCUCUGUUUCUUCUGAAACUUUUCUGUGUAUUUCCUCUUUUUUACUCCUCAGUACACCUUCUGUGUUUAUUGCAGCACUGACGUAGCCCAUUUUUUUUUCACUGUACUGUCUACUCUUUUGCUCUUUGGACCUCUUAGAGAGUAUAAAUUCUGAUAUUUUUUCUAUUUUUUUUGCUACUUUUUCUUAACUUUCUGUGCUUAAAACGGGAGGUUUCCAACACAAUCAGUUUUUGAAGAUUUUUGUUUUUUCACUUUUCAUACCCCAAACUGUUACUAAUACAAAGCUUGUGCUUUUAAAAGAGUCCCCCCCUUCUCUUCUUUAAGUCUUUAUUCCAAGAAUCUUUUUCCCUUUUUUCAAAUGCGAAUCUGAGAAAAAUCACUCAUAAAAAUGGACCAACAAACCAUGUUGUCUAGUAGAGUUAAGUAUACUGAACACAGAAAGCAAACCACUAUGAUUAAACCUUCAGCUCCGGCGAUUGUUACCGGCCGGAGAAAGUGUCCGGAGAUGAAUGCUGCCACCGGUGGACCUAGAGUUGUACGUAUUACUGUCACUGAUGCUGACGCUACCGACUCUUCCAGUGAUGAAGGUGAGGGUCUCUACGGCCGUCACAGAGUGAAAAAAUUUGUUAACGAAGUGAGGAUAGAGCCUUGUAUGGGAGAAACCGUUAAAAGUAACGGUAACGGAAGUGUUAGUGGGGUUUUGAGAAAUGGGUCGUCGGAAAGUGCUGUCGCGCCAAAGAGGCGGAAGAAGAACGCCGGAGCUACAAAGGCGGAGGCCACGGCGGCAAGAGGGUUAAAAGCGAACAAUGUUAAAAAGUUUCGCGGCGUUCGGCAACGGCCAUGGGGUAAAUGGGCGGCAGAGAUCAGAGAUCCACUGCGACGUGUACGGCUCUGGUUAGGUACUUAUGAUACUGCUGAAGAAGCUGCUAUGGUUUAUGACCACGCGGCUAUUCAACUACGUGGACCAGACGCGCUCACUAACUUCGCCAUUCCUCCUCCGGCGAAGACUACGAGCUGCUCCUCCGGCUAUAACUCCGGCGAGGAGUCACACAACGACCAACGGUCACCGAAGUCCGUUCUCCGUUGUGCUUCCACUUCUUUUGAAGAGUCUCAGAAUAACGAAGAAGCUGAAGCUGAGUCAAUACCGAGUUUGCCCUCCGAGUCCGCUCAGAAGAACUCGGAUUUCAGGGACGAAAAUGACAUUUCAAACUUCUGCGAGUUUCCACCGUUUGAGAGUUUGUUUCCCGAUGAUUUGUUCCUGUUUGAGAAUCCGGUUCCCAUACCCGACUUGUUUGAACCAGCAGCUUUACCCGACAACAUUUUCGGAGAAACUUGCAGUGACAUAUUUAUCGGGUCAAGUAAUGAUUUCGGAUUCGGGUCAUCAUCCUGGCCCGAAGAUGAUUACUUUCAAGAUAUCGGAGAUAUAUUCGGGUCUGACCCGCUUGUUGCUCUAUGAAGUUCAAACAAAUAGUUGCAGAGCCUACUAAUUCUCGGCGUUGGGUUCACUAUUUUCAUCGGCAGUUAAAUUAAAUCUCGUUUUUUAAUUUUCUUUUUUUUUUUAGCUCAUCAGUUUUGUCUAAAUUUGUUAAUUAAUGUUAGUUUUAUAUGAGUGAUUAGUGAGUAAUUUAGUACUAAGUAUGUAACAACUCCGUCACAUUAACGGUGAUGGACGAGAUUUUGCGGUACAGUGUUGUUUUUGUGCUUCGUGCUCUA